AUGGGAGAUAGACAACCAUGUCCAGACCGUAUCUUUGAUGAUUUGGGAAUUGGUUUUACCAUGGGUGGAGUAAUGGGCUCAUUAUGGAAUUUCGGUAAAGGAGCUCGUAAUGCUGCCCGAGGUGAACGACUUGCAGGAGCCAUCACGACCAUGAAAGCUAGAGGUCCAAUCAGCGGAGGUAAUUUUGGAGUUUGGGGUGGAUUAUUCUCAACGUUUGAAUGUGCUCUCAUGUAUUACAGAGGAAAGGAAGAUUUCGUCAAUUCUAUUACAUCAGGAGCUUUGACUGGUUUAGUGUUGGCUAUCCGAGGUGGAAGAAAAGCCAUGUUUAGAAGUGCAUUGUUUGGUGGUAUUUUCCUUGGUCUUAUUGAAGGAGUGGGAGUUUUGAUGAAUAAUUUAAUGGCUCAACAACAGCAACAAAUGAUGAAUCCUGAGGAGGUUCCUGAACCACCUCAAUAUGGCUAUCCUGUAUAUAAUAUUAAGGAAUUGGAUAGCGAGUUGGAUUUUGUGCCUUCACAUGGUGAGAAUGUGAGUGGAAGGUAUUAA